AAUAAGAUGACGUCACCAACCGUCGCAAUUGUGACGUCUAAGUGCCACCCCGUAUGGCAUAAGAAUGUGAAAAAUGAAGAGAGAAUUUUUGCUUUUCGCGGCGACCACGCUUGUUUGUAUUGGAUUCGGUAACGCGAUCACUUGCAACCACUGCUUAAACAAUGGGACGAUAACCGAGUGCCUGAAGAAGGGGGAGGUAAAAAAGUGUGCGCAGGAUUCGCAAUGGUGCUUUUACCAAGAGUCCCAACCUUACCAUCGCAAUGGAAAAGGAAAGUGGACCGUUAGUAUGGGAUGCGGAACACCUAUUAACAACGGAUGCGACGAAAGAAUGGGGACCCUUAAAUGCAAGCACUUCUGCAGCUAUAAAGAAAACUGUAAUUCAGAUAUGGCACGCAGGCCAGAGCGGCUCAUUCCAACGGCAGGAUCUGAAUCUGUGAACGAGCGACCGCUAGACAUGGCGGUAAUUGUCAUGCUCUAUAUAAUCGUUAUUCAUGUCGGGUGGGACGAGUUUUUACGGACUCUGAUGAAGGCUGCAACUAUCUGUUUCUGAAAUUAAUGAUUUAUUUUGUUAUGGAACAAAUAAACCUACAAGUUGUGGUA